AUGGAUGAGAAGAAGGUUGUGCUGUUUGCAAGAUCAUCGAAGUCCCACAACCUGAGCAUGGGCAUAGUGGGGCUUCCAAAUGCAGGAAAGUCGACGUUGUUCAAUUUUUUGACAAAGAGUAGUGUGCCUGCGGAGAACUAUCCUUUCUGCACUAUUGAUCCUUCUGAGGGACGUGUUGAGAUUGAGGACAAAAGGAUCGAUUUUCUUGUGGAGAAGUACAAGCCGCAGAAUGUGAAGAAGGCGUAUCUAAGCAUUACGGACAUAGCAGGGCUUGUGAAGGGAGCAAGCACAGGACUUGGGCUAGGGAAUCAUUUUCUCGACCAUAUCAGAAAUGUGGACGGGAUAUUCCAUGUAGUAAGGUGCUUUGAGGAUCCGAACGUAGCGCAUUUUGAAGACACAGUGGAUCCAAUACGAGACAUCGAUACGGUGAAUGAAGAGCUACGAUUGAAGGAUCUUGAGACACUGUCGAAGCAUGCAGAGAAGAUGCAGAAGGAGAUGAGAGCAAAGCCUCUUGACAAGAAGCUCAAGGACCAAGCAUUACUGGUUGACAGGCUGCUUGAGAUAUUAAAAGCUGAGUGGGUGAACCAGCACACAUUCAAAGAUGACGAGAUUGCAUACAUCAGCACAUUGAAUCUGCUUACAGUUAAGAAUGUGGUGUAUCUUGCAAACAUUAGCGAUGAGGACUAUGAGCAGCGUCGCGUAAACAAGCAUGUGCGGGCAGUUAUCAAGAAGUAUGGUAGUGAUGUUAUUGUUUUCAGUGCAGCAUAUGAGAGUAGGAGCGAGUCCAGGGUGUUUUUGGAAAAGGUAAUCAGGAAAGGAUAUGAACUGCUCAACCUGAUUAACUUCUUCACGGUUGGGCAUGAUGAGGUAAAGAGCUGGACAAUCCGAAGAGGAAGUAGUGCACCGUGUGCCGGAGGAGUAAUCCACUCUGACUUCAAGAACUACUUCAUUAUGGCCGAGGUGAUGUCUUUUGAAGAUUUCAAAGAAUAUGGAAACGAAGUAGAAGUAAAGAAGGCCGGAAAAUACUAUCAACGAGGAAAGACAUACAUCGUAAAUGACGGAGACAUCAUUCUGUUCAAAAACAAUCCACCGAAGUCUGGAAGUAAGAAGAAGUGA